AUGACGACGAACGCACCUUCCGGUCCAGCGACCGUCCAGCACCGCCAGCUGCCGUCUGCAUCGCUCAUUCCAAUCGACUUGAAGAUCGAACAAGAACGGCAGAUCCUCUAUCAUCAACGCAUCAUCUGUGGAUGGAACAGCGACAAGAUUCCCAAGUGGGCCGCCGCCAUUCAAGCAGGCUCUCGGAGCUUCUUCUGGAUCUGCCUAGCACCCGAUGCCUCGCGGAACAUUCCCACCUUGACGCGUGAUGGCGAGACUUACCAGCCAGUCGGUCACGUUUCGUUGGACAAGGUCGACAUCACCGAGCCUGACAAUAUCCCCGAUACCACCCUCGCCGACACUGAAAAGGGCAUCAUCACCAUAACCAGUCUGUUUGUGCUGCCUGCCUUCCACCGAACUGGCCUGGGUGCCUUCGCCAUGGAUGAGUGCGAACGCCUUGCUCGUAUCCCGCCCUUUGGCCUGGAAAACAUCACUGCUAUCACCGUCAACACUCUGAGUCCGCGCUAUUGCGUUGGUGGUGUUGAAGGCCCUGACGGCAUGGGCCAGCUGGAGAGAGAUGCAGGAGAACCGAGGCCUGUGCCACAGAAUAACAUGCCUUGGUACGAGAGAAAGGGCUACAAGAAAUACAAAGAGGCUCCAAGAUACACAAGCAAGGACAAGCAGGGCGAGACCCUAUGGUGGAAUGCUGUCUUUAUGAGAAAAGAGCUACGAUAG